GCUUAAUAUCCUCAGACCCGUGGCUCCCCACAAAUCAGCCUGCACAGGCUAAUACAGAGCCUGCUGACGAUAUAAAGUCUGAGGCCUGCUACCAUCUAACGCCCUUUGCAUCAGAACGAGCAUCCCUCGCGAGAUGAUUGCCCUUAUCCGACUCGUGAUUGCCUUUGGGGCGACUGCCCUGACUGCUGCUGCUCCAACACCCAGUCUUGAGCUGGUCUCUCGAUCCUACAUCAAUCCCGACUUUGCCAACCCCUCUGUUGGACCUGCAGCCAUCUCUCUUGAUCCGAACUUGAUGCGCGACUCCUGCGUCAGCACCACACAGCUCGUCGAUGGCCGAGUUUUCUGGAUCUGCCGUGACACCCAGAUCCUCACUGAACAGGACAUCACUCGCGCUUCGUUCCCAAUUCGAUCCAGUGCAAGUUGGUCUAACGUGACGAUUCUUGGCGCAGAUCUGCAGAAUGUUCCACCAAGUCAAGGCCAGCAGCAACUUACCGCACCAUUCUCGAAGCAACUCCUACAGUACGGUAAUGGUCACAACGGGGCAUACUUCCCCUACGUCCAGAAUGGUGACGAGUGUUCAGCCGACGGCAAUCAGUACGGUAGUUCGUGUGAAGGUGCUCAGGUCGUCCUGUAUCCCAACGCCCCAGCCUACGUUGUAAACAGCCCAUCCGGAGCGACAUUCAUGACCGCUUUUAUCCCAGUCGUCAACAGCACCAAUGGAUACAUCAAUCCCAACUUCCAAUGUUCCCUCUACUUCUUGACAUACAACCACAAUGCCGAUCCCAACGUCAUGCCGACUGUGAACCUCAUCAACGAAGGAUUCUUUCCCAGGGGCGCCUAUUGCUAUGGUGCCUACGGGGGCAUCUCGAAUCCUUCGGACGGCUAUCUUUACCUCUAUGGACAGGAAUUGAGCGCCCGCAGCGUAGGCUUGGCGCGGGUCCCACUGGGCUCUUACCUGGAUAUAUCGAAGUACACCUAUUAUCGAACCGACGGUACAUGGACCAGCACGCAGCCCACCAUCAAUACCACCUCCACCAACCUCAUCGCCUCAGUACCCAAUGAGGGCCAGGGCACCUUCUUCUACUCCACGUACAUCGGCCGGUACGUCUGGGUGGGUCAGACACACAUCGGGGCGUCUGAUGGUGUGCAUGUUGGUGUAUCCACGUCGCAGAACCCAUAUGGGCCUUGGACGACGGUGCAAGAUAUUGCAGUCCUGCCCCAUGGAAACCCGUAUGGGUACACGGUGGCUGCUCACCCUGAGAUGUCUCAGAACUCCCAGUUCUUGUACGUCUCGUACACGGCCUACCAGCAAGUCAACGGGGUGUCUUAUUAUACGAUGCCCUUGUAUUUGUUCCAGUGGUCUGACUCGUCUAAAUUUGGAAGCAACUAGGUGUUUAUCUAGAUGUAGGUUGAACACGACGUGUGAGAUACUCUGACGUGGUAACGCAUAGGGGAUG